CAACACACAAAGUUCGAAGAGCCCGCCCAGGAGCAGCGUGAGCCAUCUCCUCUCUGCCGGACAUGUCCAAAUCUUACUGCAUCUCGUUACCGGCCGAAUUACGCAAUGAAAUCUACCGCCUCUGCACCCCCGUAACCGCACAUAUCGAUCAGUUCAGCGGCCUCCUCCUGGCCUCGAAGCAGACAAAAGACGAGUACGAAAAGGAAGCCGUAAAGUCUAUGCGCGGCUUGUUAGAGGGCAUUCAGCGCCAAUGGCCUCAUCGUGCCCAGUCGGAAGGACUACAGCUUUCUAUGCUGUCUCGGUUCCGAGAAUUGGCCAGCAUUACCGUCAGCCUACCACUCACUUUGUACUACUCUAGAAGGACUGAUCCUAUCCAUGGCCGGGCCGUACAUACGAGACUGGAGACGUGUCUUGCUCCAUUGUUUAGUCUUCGGCUUUCCAGGCUCACGAUUACCUUUUAUGAGAAUGAAGCAGGAUUCCUCAACAACUGUUGGGUGGACCCUCCGCAGGGACUCCUGUACGACCUGACCAACAUACUGGUCACUGAGCCAACACGGAUUCCACAAGACGGCGAUCAUUAUGAUCGGAUGCGGCGGGAAUUUCAUCUUUCUCAGCCUCUACGCGUUCGGCGUCUGGUCUUCGAAUGGGUCAACAACGAGGAAUGGGAUAUAGCGCUGAAAUGUCUGGUUAAAAGUUGCCAUUCUGGUUGGUUCUUGAACAAGGGGUGGUGGUGGCAAGGACCGGAGGCAAAAACUUUGGUGACAAACUGGGGCGGCGAUGGAAGCUCCACUGGGGUAGAGUUUCAUAUAGACACUAUGUGAGGUGUCUGAUUAAUGCAGCUAGUCCUAUCCUUUUCUAUUACGGCGGCGGCACUCCCAACGGGGUUCGUGUUUGUAAUAUACCGG